GUAAUCCGGUCUGUGAGAGAGCUCAGCGCGAGCCGGCAGCCUUCAUCGCCCCCCGCCCUCCUCUUCCUCCUCCCUGACCGCUCUGCGUAACCGAGUCGCCGCGGACCCCCGCGCGCUCCCAGCGCUUCUCCAGAUGAAGACGGACGGCGCGGCGCAGAGCGCGCCCUUCACCGGCCGGAAGAGGAGCCUGAUCGAGGACGCGCGCAGGGACAGGGACAGGGAGAGGGACAGGGCGAGCAGCUCGGCCUCUCCGGGUCCGUCUCUCAGCUCGGACAGCUUCGUGUUCGAGGAGGAGAAGAGCGCCAAGGUCACCAUCAACCUGCUCUUCGCCCUGAAGAACGAGAAGAACGCGGGCUUCUUCAAGGCCGGCAAAGUGUUCGAGACAUUCGAAGCCAAGCUCCUCCAUCUGGAGAGCCGACCAGGCAGGAGGUCCAAAAACAGCCCGUCGGACGACCUGGAGUUCUUCAUGAAGUGUGAAGUGCACAGCUCUGAUAUCGAGAUCUUCAUCAACUCUUUAAAACGAGUGGCGGACGACGUGAGGAUCGCGCAGGACGAGAAGGUUCCAUGGUUUCCACGAAAGAUCAGCGACCUGGACAAAUGCAACCACCUGAUUACCAAGUAUGACCCUGAUCUGGACCAAGACCAUCCAGGCUUCAGUGAUCCUGAAUACAGAAAGAGAAGAGCACAAAUCUCUGAACUGGCUUUCAACUUCAAACAUGGUGACCCGCUACCGUACGUUGAGUACACUCCAGAGGAGGUUGCCACUUGGAGGGAAGUGUACAGGACUCUGACUGCUAUCUACUCAAGUCACGCAUGCAGGCAGUUCCUGGAGGGCCUGCAGCAGCUGGAGAGGGAAUGCGGAUAUGGAGAGGACAAAAUCCCUCAGCUCAGAGACGUGUCGGCUUUCCUGAAAGAUAGAACGGGCUUUCAGUUGCGUCCAGUGGCCGGGCUGCUGUCUGCGCGCGACUUCUUGGCGAGCCUGGCGUUCCGAGUGUUCCAGUGCACCCAGUAUAUUCGGCAUUCCUCAGCCCCCAUGCACUCGCCUGAGCCAGACUGCUGUCAUGAACUGCUUGGUCACAUCCCCAUGCUCACAGACAGGGAGUUCGCUCAGUUCUCACAGGAGAUCGGUCUCGCCUCCCUUGGAGCGUCUGAUGAAGAUAUUGAGAAGCUGUCCACACUGUACUGGUUCACUGUUGAGUUCGGGCUGUGUAAGCAGAACGGGGCAGUGAAGGCCUACGGUGCUGGCCUGUUGUCCUCCUACGGAGAACUUCUGUACGCUCUCUCCAAUGAACCUGAAUACAAACCAUUCAACCCUGUUGAGACGGCGGUCCAGCCCUACCAGGAUCAGACAUUCCAGCCCGUGUACUUUGUGUCCCAAAGCUUCGAGGACGCCAAGAACAAGAUGAGGCAAUAUUCAUCCACCAUCCAGAAGCCUUUCUCCAUCAGAUAUGACCCCUACACCUGCUGCAUAGAGGUCCUGGACAACCCCUGCAAGAUCCAGAACGUUCUGGGCCAGAUGAGGGAAGAACUGAAGAUUCUACACAGUGCAUUAGAGAGACUGGGCCAAUGCUGAGCCUUGAUUGAUGAUUUAUCACAAAAGGAUUCAGGAAAUAUAUAUGUGUAUAUACACUCAUCAGCCACUUUAUUAGGUACACCUUGCAAGUAAAAGGUUGGACCCCCUU